AUUUCGACCAAUUUUGACGUACCACCGCAGCCGUGACGGUCCAGCAGGUUGCAGCUGCUCAAAGUGCGCGCUGUCAGUCGACAAUUCGUAUUUGAAUUUAUUCAAAAUCGCAUCUGUGUCUCAGAAAUUCAGCGAUCGGUUGGUAUCUAGAGGGAAAUGAGUUGGUUUCGUGAAAAGUCGUUUUUCCCGUUGAAAAUGAACGGUUGACUGAGGAACUUUUCGCGUUAUCGAAGAUCUAGUGGCCAUGGGGAUGAUUGCAAGGGAAAUUGUGGUUGUGAAAACUGGACUCGAGUAGGCGAGCGAUAUUUGAAGGUAGAAUGGGAUGGUUUCUAGUUUUUCUGGUGUGGUGGUGUGGGGCAUCAGCCAUACCAAGCCCAGCAGCCGACAAGAACGCUAAUUGGCGGUGUCCAAGGAUAGUGAAGCAGCCAAUAGUUGAAUGCAGCUGUGAUAUGCCACACACACUGAGAUGCAUAGGAGAUAGGAGGGCUAUACCCAUAAUAAGUUGGACAUUACGCUCUCUGAACACUGCUUCUGUGUCCCUCUUGGACUGUACUAUCCAAAACUUAACCGUGAUCACCGGUCCACUUUUCGAAGGAGUAUCCCUCCAUGGUCUAGUCAUAUCUUCCGGAGAAUUACGAGAAGUGAAUCAAGUGGCUUUCCAAGGUCUGAAAUCCCCUCUUCAAGCCCUAGGAUUACCCAAUAACCAGCUGUCCACCGUCCCUACAGCAGCCUUGAAAUUCUUGCAAGACUUGGAAAGACUCGACUUAUCUAGUAACAAACUAAAGAGCUUGGACGCAAAUUCAUUUAAGGGUUUAAUAAACCUCUCCUUCAUAGACCUGAGCAAUAAUAUCAUCACCAAAAUUGCACCAUUUACGUUCAACAAGCUUCUUCUUCUAAAAGUAUUGAGACUGAGAGGAAACCGUAUAAAACUUUCGAACAUAUUGAAGAUGAAUUCGAUUCCAAACAUUGAGGACUUGGAUCUUUCAGAAAACCUCUUACUGGGACCCCUUGGACCAAAAACGUUCCCGAAAAUGGAUGCAUUGAAGGACCUCCAGUUGUCUCACAACCUCAUAAGUAGCAUCAAACUUGGAGCUCUAGAAGGAUUGAUAAAUCUACAAAGUUUGAGCAUGCAUCACAAUCAAAUAGACGUGAUAGAAGAUCACGCCUUCAGCCAACUUUACAAGCUUGUGUCUCUGGACCUCUCGAAUAACAGGAUAGUAGCAGUUUCUGGUGCUUCUCUGGCGCAUUUGAGCAGGUUGAAAGAUAUCAAUUUGAGUAACAACUAUCUCAGAGCUCUAACAGCUGAUUUGAUAUCACCUUUAAAGAGCUUGAACACCUUGAAACUUGACGAUAACGAUAUAUCAAUUGUUGCUGGUGAUGCCUUGAAAAAUAUAACAGUCCUGAAAGAACUUAGUCUUUCUGAUAAUCCUCUUAACUGCGAUUGCAGUCUUGAAGAUUUCAACAUUUGGCUCUCGAAAUCGGCACUCUCGAGGAAGGAUAAAGAAAGUGCAGUAUGUGCAACACCUCCAUCGCUUGAAAACGGUCUUCUAGUCGAAAUCAGAUCCGAAAACUUGAUUUGCGGAGAAGACGAACAGGACAACAGCAAUUCACCAACAGUUACAUCCUCCCUCAAGAAUCAAAUCAGCAUCAAAGAGUUCAAAUACGACGGUCGCACAGUGGAUUUGAUCUGGAAAAUAGAAGAAGAUGGUAUACCGUAUACCUGUGAUGCCAUUUAUGUAUAUGAAGAACAAGGUCUAAGUGAAAUUUUAAUAGAAUCAACUCCGUUGAAGUGUAACUCCUCAGAGAUGAAAGAUCCUACGUCUUUGGAGAUCUCAGUUCCUGGACUGAUAGAUUUGCAGAGGCUGCAUAGGUACAGAUACUGCUUGGUGCUGCUUCAGAGUGGUGAAUCUGAUGAUGUUUCGCUUAUAUUAGGCUGCUCUGAUAUUCUACCGUUAGUUCAGAAUGUUGAAGGAGAAACCAAACCUUUGGUUCAAUUCCCUAAAGUGACCUCGUUGCAAGGAAACCUUUCUAGAACUGGAAGUUUAUCAGUGAAAGUAGAUGUCAAUCCUGAGACGAAAUGUGAGGUCUACUUGGCUAUUUACGAACAGGGUUUGUUGAUUUCAGAGAAGACUCUGAAUUGCAGCAAUCCCUCUUAUGUCUUCGAUGGAUUUACUAGUGGUGCCUACCGUGCCUGUGCUAGUAUUGUACAUCCUGGUCUUCCCCCAGAAAACUACAAAAAGAGAUGUAUUAACGUUUUUAGAAUUGAGACCAUGGUUGUGUCUGGUUUAGACCUUGCCAUGUGUGCGAUAUUCAUAAUAUUCUGCUUUGUUCUUCUGUCUUUCAUUUGGGGAUUACGGAAAAUUUUACUAAAAUCGAAAUUACCAACUCACCAGUGCUAUAUAUCACCAGAAAUGGAGGCAGAUCAAAGUAAUCAAUACGUGAAACUACAAGCGACUACGAAGGUAUAGAUGUAAAUGUUUACAAGAUGACAUUUAGUGCCAUAUACUUAUGUUUUCAAUGUUUAAAUUGAAAUAUUAUAUUGUACAUGAUUAACAUAAUUUGUUGUAAAAUUUUUUUAAUAUUGUUACUUAUUUGUUUAAGAUUAUUAAUGCUUCAUAAUAUGUGCUGAUACUAAAAUAUAAUAUUUUAUGGUUUUA